AUGCCUCUCGGGGACCCGCAAGCCAGCUCUGCUCCAUCCCCGACGUCUUCACUGGCUGCCGUCGCCGUGAAGCUGCCCCCGUAUUUCGACCGCAACCCAGCUGUCUGGUUUCUCCAAGCUGAGGCGCAAUUUAACUUGGCCGGCAUAACCGCACAACAGACCAAGUUUUACCAUGUCAUUUCUGCCCUCACUCCCUCUGCUGCGAAUGAAGUCUACGACAUACUGGCAAGUCCUUCCCCUUCUACGCCGUAUGACCAGCUAAAGAAGGCUCUUCUCCAGCGAGCGACAUUAUCAAGCCGCUCACGCCUGCAGCAGCUUCUCUCGACAGAAGAGCUCGGUGAUCGCAGGCCCUCUCAAUUACUGCGGCGCAUGCGACAGCUGCUCGACGAUCAAUCAGCUUCCGUGGACGAUGCCCUUCUGCGUGAGCUCUUUCUUCAGCGACUCCCGCAGAAUGUUCAAAUGGUCCUGGCCACAGCGGCGGACAUGACUCUCGACCAGCUGGCCACUCUUGCUGACGCGGUUGUGGAGGUGGCCAAUCCAGCUGUAGCUGCUGUGUUCCCUGCAUUGCCCCCUUCGGAACCUGCCCGACCUCAACCGCGCCAGCCCUCGCAGUCCACCAUUGACGACCUUUGUCGCGAGUUCCGCUCCCUGGCCGCGCUCAUAGCCGCUUCCCACGCGUCAAGACCAGGCACCCAUCUCCGCCGGCAAAGGCACGACCGAAGUGGCCGCAGGACAAGACGGUCCUCUUCCACCAACCGUUCCGCCAGACGACAACCAGUUGGCGAACCAUUGGUGGCGACCAAUGGCCCAGGCUCUUCCCCCAGUCGCCUCUUCUACGUCCGCGAGCAAGCUUCUGCCCGACGUUACCUCAUUGACACUGGGGCGGAAGUCAGCGUAAUCCCCGCAAGCCGUACAGACCGCCGACAACAAUCCUUGUAUUCCCUUACUGCAGUGAAUGGUUCCCGAAUCCCGGUCUAUGCCCAGCGGUCGCUCACCCUAAACCUUGGCCUCCGACGCACCUUUCGGUGGAUUUUUCUCGUGGCCGACGUAACCCAACCCAUUAUCGGAGCCGAUUUCCUUACCCACCACCAUCUCCUCGUCGAUAUGCGCCGUCGCAAACUCAUUGACUCCUCCACCAGCCUCACUGUGUCGGGCAUACGUUCGUCCUUGCAAUCACUUCGAAUUGUCUUCUACCAAGACUCAAGCAACCCCUUCCUCGCCAUCUUGAGGGACUUCCCGCAGCUAACUCGCCCCCCUGACUGGACCCAGCCCGUGAAGCACAGCGUGGUUCAUCAUAUCGAGACCACAGGUCCCCCGGUCUUCACUCGUCCCCGCCGUCUUCCGCCGGAGAAGCUGGCCAUUGCACGCGCAGAGUUCGACCACAUGCUGGAAAUGGGAAUCAUCCGCCCAUCCUCCAGCAGCUGGGCGUCGGCGCUGCACAUGGUGCCUAAGAAGACCGGCGACUGGCGCCCCUGCGGGGACUACAGAGCCUUAAAUCGCGUUACCAUCCCCGACCAGUACCCCAUCCCCCAUGUCCAUGACUUCACAGCAUCCUUACAUGGCGCUACUAUAUUCUCGAAGCUGGACCUCAUACGGGCAUACCAUCAGAUCCCCGUUGCCGAGGCAGACAUCCCCAAAACGGCCAUAACGACCCCUUUCGGGCUCUUCGAAUUUCCACGGAUGCCAUUUGGCCUUCGUAACGCAGCUUAA